CUGAUUUUUAACCGCAAACUCAGCUUUCGUUUUCAUUUUUGUCUUGAAAUAUGAGGCAGAACGCUUCGAUCAAUUUACUGACUUUAAAACUGUGCGUGAAAGUCCGACGUUUGACAUUUAAAACGGCGAUAAAAUUAAAAAAAAAAAAAAAAACGCUGUAUCUGCGUCCCUGACGCUUUACUUUCACUUUUGAUUUGAAUCGACAAUACUGGCUCGUCUCUCUCGCCCGGGCCGAAGAAGGUUUGAGACCGCGAGCUGCUCGUCUUUCGCCAUGUUGGAGCAAAACUCAGAGGAGGUGAAAACCGGAACAACAAUCAUUGCCAUUGAGUUUGAUGGCGGCGUCGUGCUGGGCUCGGACUCACGCGUGUCUGCAGGGGACGCAGUGGUGAACCCAGUGAUGAACAAGCUGUACCCUCUCCACCAAAAGAUCUACUGUGCUUUGUCGGGCUCGGCGGCGGACGCACAGGCCAUUGCUGAGCUGCUACGGCACCAGAUACGCCUUCACAGUGCAGAGAUCGGGGAGGAUCCCCGGGUCGGCGCCGCCGCCACCAUGGUGAAGAACUACUCGUAUCUCUACAGGGACGAGCUGUCGGCGCAUCUCAUCGUGGCAGGCUGGGACCGAAGAGACGGAGGGCAGGUGUUUUCCACCCUUAGCGGCGGCCUGGUACGACAGCCCUUUUUCGUGGGCGGCUCCGGCAGCUCGUACGUGUACGGCUUUGUGGACGCAGAGUACCGAGAGGGUAUGGGCAGAGCCGCGUGCCAGAAGUUUGUGCUCAACACGCUCGCCCUCGCCAUGAACCGGGACGGCUCCAGCGGAGGCGUGGCCUAUUUGGUGACCAUCGACAAGCACGGCGCAAAGGAGAGUAUGGUUCUGGGAAAUAACUUGCCCGUCUUUUACAACGGGUGACCGAUGACCGCUUGGUUUGACUGCAGGCGUUUGUGGGCUCGCCUCAUCCUGUUGCGAAUAAUAAAAGCAAAAGGCUUGA